UGUCCUUGAAUAUUUCGUCUGCGACCGUGACUUGGUGAGCUUACUUUUUGCCGGGAAGGGCAAAGAGCGGGUCUCGCCCUCUCCCUCUCUCUCUCUCCUACCCAAGACGCUGCCCUAGCCUUCCUCUCUCAGUCUCUGGUUAGGUCAUCUGAAGCGCCCUACUCUCUCUUUCUCUCUCAUGGAUCAGGUUUUGAACAAAGUGGGUUCCUAUUGGUUCUCCCGGAGAGCCAACAAGGAGAUAUCUUCCGUCGGAGACGACAUUAACUCACUGUCUAGCAGCAUUGAAGGGGGAGCAAAAUGGUUGGUCAACAAAUUUAAAGGAAAGUUGCAGAAGCCCCUACCUGAGCUACUGCAGGAGUAUGAUUUGCCUAUGGGCCUGUUUCCAAGGGAUGCGACCAACUAUGAGUUCAAUGAAGAGACAGGGAAGCUGAGUGUGUUCAUUCCAUCCAUAUGCGAAGUGGGUUACAAGGAUUCAUCAGUAGUGCGCUAUACCACUGUUGUUACUGGUUAUCUUGAGAAGGGAAAGCUUAGUGACAUAGAGGGGAUGAAGACCAAGGUGAUGAUAUGGGUCAAAGUUACUUCUAUCUCGACGGAAGGUUCAAAGGUUUACUUCACAGUUGGUGUGAAGAAAGCCCGGCUUAGAGAAGCUUAUGAGGUGCUCCGAGAUGGUGUGGGUGUGGAUAAGUUCUAAGUACAGAAGUUGUAAUUUCCUUGGUUUACUAACUAGUUGUCGAAAAUCGCCUUCUCUUUCCGUUCAUGGCUGGGUAGAGAUUAUUGAUUAGGGGCUCUCCAUCUUGGUUAGUUAUUGAUUUGAAGAAUUACGGUGUAAGGUUAGUGAUAAUGCUUGGAAUGCAGAAAGUGGACCAGUGAAAUCCUUACGUAAAGGUAGGGUCUGGACUUUUUUAGUUGAAGACUGCAGUUAGUGUCCUUUUCAAUUAGAAACAUGUGCAGUAAGUCUCCUUUUCAAUUAGAAAGUAUUGUAUUGGGCUUUCAUCAAAGACAUGGGUUGAAAUAAAAAAUUGGAAGUUGGAAAUCAAUAAGUUUCUUUAUGGUUA